CUUCAGGGAGAGGAAGGCUUUGUCAAUCGCUACGCUUCUCCCGGCUACCCAUUUCCCCCCUCGCUCGGGCAGCGGCUCCCUCCGUCGGCUCCUCUCCCGAGCCUGCAGUCGUCGCCUCACGCACAGCCGGGGUUGUCUGGCCUGAGGCGUACGGGACGGGAUGGCGGAGGAACGGGGCAGCAGAUGUUAAUCCUCUGCGAUAACCUCCGCCGUUUUCUUCCUAAUCAUGGGGGGGGGGCAGGAAACAGCCGCCGCUUUCUCCUCCUCUGGGAAGGCGGGCGGCCGGUGCAAGGCCCGUCCCUCUUUCUUGGGCGACUGAGCGAGCGAGCGAGCGUGGCAGCGGGGAUGGUGGGGCUGGGGCGCUGGGGUCAAUCGGCCUCCUACCUCGGCGGGCCGCUCAUCGCCCUCCUGAUGUUGGGCUUGGCUCAGCCCCACGACAUAUCCAGACGACCACUCUGGGAUCUGAAAAUUGAUCAGGCCCUGCUACAAAUUCAUAAUGAGCUGCCCAGUGAGAACUUGACCAUCUAUUGGCUCUCAGAUUAUUGUUACCAGUGCAAGCAUCAGGAAAUGAUUUCUUUCCCCAUCAACAGAACACCUGAAGUUCCUACUAUUAGAGCUGUUGUUGUGGAUUCUCGGCAUACAGUCACCCUCAUGGUCAAUAACGCUAAAGAUAACAAUGAACUUUGCAGGAUACAGUAUCAUUUUGAAGAAUUUGGAAACUACUCCCUAGUGGUUGGGAGUAUCAAUGGCAGCAUCCUGAAUGUUUCAUGCAAAAUAGUUAUAAAUCAAAGUCCUUUCAACAGCUACCUCCCUAUUUUCUUUGCAUUUCUUAUCUUCGUGGGAAUUUUCUCUAUUCUGAGAUUGGGACAGUUUUGUGUGAGCAUUGAACCAAUCAGAAAUUGGCUUUUCAAGAAGAUGAAUCCUACAGAAACUGAUCGACUUAUUAAUUCAGAGCUUGGAUCCCCAAGCAGAACAGAUUGCAUUGAUGGCAAUUUGCCAGCUGGGAUAUGGAGUGUUGCUUCCUCCCUACAAAGACUUCGUUCCCUGGACACCUUUAGAGGGUUAGCCCUUAUAAUUAUGGUCUUUGUGAAUUAUGGUGGAGGAAAGUACUGGUUCUUCAAGCAUUCAAGCUGGAAUGGACUAACCGUAGCAGACCUUGUCUUUCCGUGGUUUGUGUUCAUCAUGGGGACCUCGAUUUCACUGUCUAUGAGUUCCAUGCUGAGACGAGGAUGUUCCAAAUGGCGACUGCUGGGGAAAGUCCUGUGGAGAAGUCUCCUCCUGUUUUUAAUAGGGGUCAUAGUUGUGAACCCAAAUUACUGCCUUGGGCCUUUGUCUUGGGAUAACUUGAGAAUUCCAGGUGUGCUUCAGAGACUGGGCUGUACAUACCUUGUGGUUGCUAUACUUGAGCUCCUCUUUGCCAAACCUGUGCCUGGGAACAGUACCCUGGAGGCUCCAUACUCUGCUCUCCAAGAUAUUCUUCCAUAUUGGCCCCAGUGGCUUUUCAUGAUGGCGCUGGAAGCAGUUUCGCUGUGCCUCACCUUCCUCUUAAACGUACCUGGAUGUCCAACGGGUUACCUUGGCCCUGGAGGCAUUGGUGAUUUAGGAAAGCACUCCAACUGCACAGGUGGAGCAGCUACCUAUAUUGAUCAUUUGCUUCUAGGAGAAAAACACAUCUACCAACAUCCAUCUUCUAAUGUUCUUUACCUAACUACAGUUGCCUAUGACCCUGAAGGAAUUCUGGGAACAAUCAAUUCUAUCAUCAUGGCAUUUUUUGGACUUCAGGCAGGAAGAAUUCUGUUGUUUUACAAAGACCAGCACGGACAAAUAAUGCUCCGUUUUUGUGUGUGGAGUGUAGUAAUGGGUGUCAUCUCUAUUGUGUUGACCAAAGGCACAAAAGAUCAAGGCUUUAUUCCUGUGAACAAGAAUUUAUGGUCAAUUUCAUACGUGACAACACUAAGCAGCUUUGCCUUUGUGCUUCUGCUGUCAAUCUACUAUCUUGUAGAUGUUAAGAGGAUGUGGUCAGGUGCUCCGUUUUUCUAUCCAGGUAUGAACUCCAUUCUUGUCUACGUUGGACAUGAAAUAUUUGAAAACUACUUUCCUUUUAAGUGGAAGAUGCAGGACACACAAUCCCAUAGUGAACACUUGGCUCAGAACCUAACUGCUACAUCUCUAUGGGUUAUCAUAGCAUAUAUACUCUAUCAGAAGAGAAUAUUCUGGAAAAUCUAACUGAAGCAGCCAAAGGAACUUGUGACAUUGGAAUACUGGAUUAUCCCAACAUAUUGAUGUUGCUUUUCUUCUUUUUUAAAAAAGGGAUCAUGUGCUUUGUUUACAUUCCAGGUCAUCUUGAAAAGACUUGCAUAUUUAAAAUUUGCUGAAUGACUUGCUGUUUAGCUAAAGCAAGCGUUUGUUUCAACUUACCUACACAUUUAGUGCACAAUACCAUUUCUAAAUAAAUAUGCUGAAUAACUCUUAACACCUGAGCAAUUUGAAAGGGCUGUCACAAGCUGAUAGUCACUCCAUUUAGGUAUUUGUUACAUGCCUGUGUCAUGGUAAGACAGUUAUUUAUACUCAUGCCACACAGUUGUGUAUGAGGCUGUCAGAAAUCAACCAGAAUUUGAACUAAGAACGUUUGGGCUACAUGCUGUUGCUUCUUGUGGGACAUUCUUCAAGACAAGAGUGGAAUGAAAAAGAGGCACUAAUAUUCUCUUGAAGCACUGAGCAUGGUUCCACCCAGAAAUAGCCCAUUGGUUCUACCUUGUCUGGCCUAGCUCCUAUCAGACUUCUUGGCCUUAUCUUUCUGACUUCACCUUCCUAUACCCUGAUCACUUCAGACAGAAAGCUUGACCGUAAUCCACCUGUAGGCUCCUUGCUGCAUGACACCUUGAGCUAGUGACCAAUUGUUCUCCCUCUUCCAAGAGAGGAUUAUGGCCAAACACUGUGCACCCACAACAGUUGUGGCCAGUGCUGGGUUUGAGACUGUAGCUUUUAACAAAAACCUAACUUCAAAUAUAUUUUUUAAAAAUCAUUUAUUUACAGUGGCGAACUCAAACAUUUCACCAAAUGGUGCAUGACAUUUUGAUAGUAUAUAAACCACCCUUCUUGAUUUUGGUUAACUGCUCAGCUAGCAUUCCUUCAGCCAACUGAGCCAAGGAUUGCAGAGCAUCAAGGCAACAGCACGGCUCUUUUUGUUGCCUGCCCAUUCUGCUAAGAUGCUCCAGUAGAAAAACCAUUAUACUCAGGUCAGCGUCUGAAGGAGCAAGAUCUUCUCAUUGAUGCAGAAUCUGUGUAACACCAUCAUCAGGUUUUCGCCACAGCGCGACACUUGGCGCUCCAUUGUCAGGCGGAAAUCCUCCUUCACACCUUUGGUUAUUCCUCUGGUAACUGUAUGAUGCCUGCAAUUAUAAUACACAAAAUAAUUAAGAGGGCAUGGAUCUACUGUUUCUAUUUAAAUAUUUUUGCAUGAAGUGUCUAUGUGUGAAAUCUAACUUAAAUAGAUUCAAAUAAAUACUUUGUAAAAAAAGGUUCACAA